AUGCGUUUCUCGGGAGGCUCCGACUUGGAGCCCGCGGGCAACUUCAGCCCCUGGUGGCCCCUGGGAGCCGGAGGCGCCAACAGCAGCCGGGAGGCCGGCGAGCCACCGGGGGAAGGGGACGAGCCGCAGGGGGAUGUGCGCAACGAGGAGCUGGCCAAGCUGGAGAUCGCCGUGCUGGCCGUGACUUUCGUGGUGGCGGUGCUGGGCAACAUCAGCGUGCUGCUGGCGCUGCACCGCACGCCGCGCAAGACGUCCCGCAUGCACCUCUUCAUUCGGCACCUCAGCCUGGCCGACCUGGCCGUCGCCUUCUUCCAGGUGCUGCCGCAGCUGUGCUGGGACAUCACCUACCGCUUCCGCGGCCCCGACUGGCUGUGCCGCGUGGUGAAGCACCUGCAGGUGUUCGCGAUGUUCGCGUCUGCCUACAUGCUGGUGGUCAUGACAGCCGACCGCUACAUCGCCGUGUGCCACCCGCUCAAGACGCUGCAGCAGCCGGCGCGCCGCUCGCGCCUCAUGAUCGCCGCCUCCUGGGUGCUGAGCUUCGUGCUGAGCACGCCGCAGUACUUCAUCUUCUCCCUGAUCGAGGUGAACAAUGUCACCAAGGCCCAGGACUGCUGGGCCACCUUCAUCCAGCCCUGGGGGUCCCGCGCCUACGUGACCUGGAUGACCAGCGGCAUCUUCGUGGCACCCGUGGUCAUCUUGGGUACCUGCUACGGCUUCAUCUGCUACCACAUCUGGAGCAACGUCCGCGGGAAGACCGCGUCGCGCCAGAGCAAGGGAUCCGAGGGCGCGGCCGGCGCCUUCCACAAGGGGCUGCUGCUCGCGCCCUGCGUCAGCAGCGUGAAGACCAUUUCCCGCGCCAAGAUCCGCACGGUGAAGAUGACCUUUGUCAUCGUCACGGCGUACAUCGUCUGCUGGGCCCCUUUCUUCAUCAUCCAGAUGUGGUCGGUGUGGGACGAGAAUUUCAACUGGACCGAUUCAGAAAACCCUUCCAUCACCAUCACUGCUCUACUGGCUUCCCUGAAUAGCUGCUGCAAUCCCUGGAUAUACAUGUUUUUCAGCGGCCAUCUCCUGCAGGACUGUCUCCAAAGCUUCCUGUGCUGCCAAAAUAUAAAGCAAAACCUCAACAAAGAAGAAACUGACAGCAUGAGCAGAAGACAAACUUCUUACUCUAACAACCGAAGCCCUACCAAUAGUACGGGUACGUGGAAGGACUCACCGAAGUCGUCCAAGUCCAUCAAAGUCCUUCCUGCUUCCACCUGA